AUGGCGAUUCUCCAAAUCCCCAGCGAGUACGGCUACGUCCUCGCCGCCUGCGUUUCCACGUUCUUCGUCGGUGCCUGGCACGGCGGCCGCGUUGGCGGCUUCCGCAAAGCAGCCAAGAUUCCUUACCCCUACGAAUACGCAUCCUACGAACAAGUUCAGACCGCCUCUCCCCCAUCCAGGUCCGCUAUGCUCGCCUUCAACUCGGCCCAACGCGCACACCAAAACUUCAAUGAGAACCACGUCACAGCCCUCGGCGCCAUGCUCAUCUCCGGACUGAGGUACCCUGUCGCUGCGGCCGUGUUGGGUGCGGUAUGGAGUGUAAACCGCGUAAUUUAUGCGAUUGGAUACUCAAGGAGUGGGGAGGAUGGUGGAAAGGGAAGGUACUAUGGCGCGCUUGGAAUAAUCGCGCAUUAUGUACUCCUGCUUAUGAGUGGCAAGGCGGCUUUUGACCUUGUCAUGGGUUAA